AUGGCCAAGCUCCCUACGAAGGUGCACCUCACCUCCCACCCCGUCUGCCUGAGGAACCGUGGGCCCUCAGUGUAUGAGGACGAGAAUGAUCGCAUGUGGCUGCAUCUCUUCAUGGAGACAGGAGGUGUCCUGCAAGUACGGUUGCGCCAGGAAGACAUCCCGAGUGGGUAUAUCGCACCCACCACCAGCCCGCUGACCUUGAGCGUCUUGCCUUUGAUGUGGAGGCUCAAACCUGGAGACCGGUACGUGGACCAAAUGUUCCGGUUCUGGCGCAUCGUGCACCACAUCAAGGAGAAUGGCGUGGAGGAAAUGAUCCUGCACCACAGCAAGGAGAAUGGCAUGUAG